UUAUUUCUCUCUUUUUGUCUCACUCUGUAUCAUCCAUGCACCAAGGUUUAUAAACUCCAACACAUGGAAUGGAACCGAUCCUUGUUUCAAUCCCAACACCAUAGCUCUUCACUCUCACUCCAACCCUCCAUGGAAGACCCCUCAGAUUCCCCACCACCACCACCACCACCACCACCACAAACACCCCUAAAAACCUACAAACUAAGCGCCACCUCAAUCUCCUACACCAAAUCCACCACCAAACCCUCAUUUACUUCUCUCUUCUUCACCCCAUGCACCACCACCCCACCAACCUACAUCCUCAAAGACAUCUCCCUCACCGCCCUCCCCUCCCAAAUCCUGGCCGUGGUGGGCCCCAGCGGCGCCGGAAAAUCCACCCUCCUCGACAUCCUCGCCGCCCGCACCCUCCCCUCCCACGGCACUCUCCUCCUCAACUCCGCUCCUCUCGUCCCCUCCACCUUCCGCAAACUCUCCUCCUACGUCCCCCAACACGACCACUGCCUCCCUCUCCUCACCGUCUCCGAAACCUUCCUCUUCGCCGCAAAGCUCCUAAAACCCAAAACCUCAAACCUCGCCGCCAUCGUCUCCUCCCUCCUCUCCGAACUCCGACUCACGCACCUAUCCAACACGCGCCUCGCGCGUGGCCUCUCCGGCGGAGAACGCAGAAGGGUCUCCAUUGGCCUCUGUCUCCUCCACGAUCCCGCUGUAUUACUCCUCGACGAACCUACUUCGGGGCUCGACAGUACUUCGGCCUUCAAAGUCAUGCGAAUUCUAAAGCAAACGUGCGUCUCUCGCAACAGAACCAUUAUUCUCUCCAUCCACCAACCCAGCUUCAAGAUUCUCGCUUGCAUUGAUAGGAUCUUGUUGCUCUCAAAAGGACAAGUUGUUCAUCAUGGAAGUGUUGCCACGUUGCAAGCGUUCUUGCACUCCAAUGGCUUCACUGUCCCUCAUCAACUCAACGCGUUGGAAUAUGCUAUGGAGAUUUUGAGCCAGUUGAAUGAGGCUAAGCCUGUUACUCCACCGAGUAUUCCUGAAUCGCCUGAGAGAUCAAGUUCAGUGAUUUCGGUUUCUGAUGGUGGAGUUAGGAGUAGUAGAGAGAUCAUAAGGUAUAAAAGCUCUAGGGUUCAUGAAAUUUUCACUCUCUAUAGCAGGUUUUGGAAGAUUAUCUACAGAACUAGACAACUUCUUUUGACCAACACCGCAGAAGCACUUCUCGUGGGUCUUGUGUUGGGAACUAUUUAUAUCAAUAUAGGGUUUGAUAAGGAAGGGAUUGAGAAAAGGUUUGGUCUUUUUGCCUUCACUCUCACGUUUCUAUUGUCCUCCACAACGGAAACCCUUCCUAUUUUCAUCAACGAGAGACCGAUCUUGCUGAGAGAAACUUCGAGUGGGGUUUAUAGGCUCUCGUCUUAUCUCAUUGCAAACACGCUUGUUUUCUUGCCCUACUUGUUCGUUGUUGCUGUUAUAUACUCUAUCCCCGUUUAUUUUUUAGUGGGUCUCUGUGCUUCGUGGCUUUCUUUUGCUUACUUUGUUUUGGUCAUUUGGGUCAUUGUUCUGAUGGCAAACUCGUUCGUUCUCUUCUUGAGCUCUCUUGCUCCGAACUACAUUGCUGGAACUUCGCUUCUAACGGUGCUUCUCGCAGCGUUUUUUCUCUUCUCUGGGUAUUUUAUCUCCAAGGAAAGCUUGCCAAAGUACUGGCUCUUCAUGCAUUUUUUCUCUAUGUAUAAAUACGCUCUUGAUGCUCUUCUCAUCAACGAGUACUCGUGCUUGGUGACAAAGUGUUUGAUAUGGUACCAAGAGAAUGAACAGUGCAUGGUGACUGGUGGUGACGUGUUGCAGAAAAAAGGACUCAAAGAGAGUGAAAGGUGGACCAACGUGUACUUCUUGCUCGGGUUCUUUGUGCUGUAUCGUGUGCUUUGCUUCUUGGUUUUGGUUAGAAGGGUUUCGAGAUCCAAAACUUAAUAGACACCGAGAAAGAAAUGGUGAUCAAACGCUGAUAACUUUAAGCGUUGUAGUGUUUUUUUUUUUUUUAUCAUCCUAUUGUAUUAUGAACUCGUUUAAUUUGUUUUAUUUGAUUUCUAUAUAAAGUAUAUAUAAUCUGAAAUACAGCCAUAGAAAAAGUUUGUUUUAUAGAUAUGAAGUGGA